AUGACGCGCCUCAAUAACCGAUACCGCUGCCGCGUCCAAGGAGGAGCCAUCGUCUUCGAGCAUGUCGCAAAGAAUCCGGGAUCCAACAUGCCUCAAAAGCUGCACAUGACAUUCGAGCGUACUAUUCGUGUGCCCGACAAUGCCGACAAGUCAGAACUUCCGCCUAGCUUUGGCAGCUUCCCCCUGUACAAGGUCCGCGAUUAUGCCACUCGUCUCCCUGCCGAAAUUACCAACAAGGGCGGCGUCUUCUUCCCGAUGUAUCAAAAGGAAGCUAUGUGGAUCGACUUUAAAGCCGACGCUCCUUUCAUGAUCAAGAUCUACGCGGGCGGAGUCAAUGUCGUGUCCGGCGAGCACGCCGCUGAAGACUUGAACACCAAAAUCCGACGACAAGAGCUCGCAGACAAGGGCGAAAAUGUUCAGGACUAUGUAGUCGCACCGCUUCAAAGAUGGAUCGAUGGCAUUGCGGUUUCACCAGGCGUUGUCAGACAGUUCGUGGCCAUGCCAAUGGGCCAGGGCUACAGCGUGGAAGCCCAGUUGACGGGUCAGAAAGUUGUCGGUGGCAUGCAGUUCGAAGUAACACCGACCCUACCUAUGAUCAAGGAGCCCAUCAGAGGACCGAGGCUCCCUCGCCCCUCCGGAGACUCUGGAAGCAUUGAUGCAAUUGCCAUGUCCGCUCGCGCCAUGGGAAUAUCAGCAGGCGGCAAGAUCGUCCAAAACAUCGUCAAGGACACUGUGGAUCCGGAACGCUGGAACAAGAAGUCGACAAUGACCAUACCUGUCCAUAUCCUCAACAGCGAAGCAUUUCGUCAGGUCACCGAUCGAGACCCGCAUCCUUGCCCGAUCACGGCGUCUGACUACGCUCAAGCAGGCUUCCCAUUUUUCCGCAUGUAUGAAGAACCUACCGACGUUUCAGGUAGAUUUGGCGCCGUUAGAAGCGUCAAUACGCUCGAUAUAGACCGAGGGCUCGUUGACGACGACGAGUCUUCUGUCAAGCCCAGAAUCGUCGAUCUCAGAAACCCUGGCCGAGUUGAUCUCUCUACGGUGGAGGACCCACACGGGCUCGUGGACCCGGCCGGUCCUCUCCUUGAUUUCCGGCCCCUCGCCGAACUGGAGCAGGAAUUGGAGGACGCAGAUGAAAGUUCAGAGACUUUGUCUGAGCCUGAAUCGGAAGACGUGGAUGUGAAGUCGGAAGAUUCUGACUAUUAA